CAACACGUGUCAACAUACAUGUAACCAAGACGGCCACGCGUCGGACAACCCCAAAUCUUGAACCAUCUCAAAUAUUCAGAUUUAGCAAAAGGCCGAUUAAUCUUAUAUCUCUAUCAUCGCCAAGAAACCCCCAAUGCAACGACAGCAGCAGAAUGUUGCCGUGGAUCGGAGCCGUCUGACCCACGCGACGGUUAGAGAUCUGACUGUCGAGAAGCGGCGGCUGGUAGAGAUUCCGUACACCGCCACGCUCGGGGACACAAUGAACGCCCUCGUGGCGAACUGCGUAACGGCCGUACCAGUGGCGGCGCCCCCUGGCCAUUGGAUCGGAGCGGGUGGCUCAAUGAUCAUGGAGUCCGACAAGCACACUGGGGCCGUGCGGAAGCAUUACAUAGGGAUGGUGACGAUGCUGGACAUACUGGCUCACAUCGCCGGCGACGAUGACGUGGAAUCAGAGAUGGGAGAGCUAGAUCAGAAGAUGGGGGCUCAAGUGUCGUCGAUCAUCGGUCACUGUCUGGAGGGUCUCAACCUCUGGACCUUGAACCCAAACACAAGCAUCUUAGAGGGAAUGGAAGUGCUAAGCAAAGGAAUCCACAGAGCCUUGGUCCCGGUGGAAAGCAACGCCUCAUCAUCAGGAGUGGAGUUGGUCGAGUCCGCCUCUUGUUACAAAAUGCUAACCCAGAUGGAUGUCUUGAGAUUCAUAAAGGACCAUCAUUUUCAGCAGCUCACGUCCCGAUCUCUCGCCGACCUUGCAGCCAUCAACCACAGCGUUUAUGCCAUCACCCACAAAACCACCGUUUUCAACGCCAUCAAGUCCAUGCGGAGGGCUCUUCUCAUCGCUGUCCCCAUCGUUCAGGCCCCCGAUUUGCCCGAAGACGAUCAUAAACAGCUCAUCAAUGGGAGACAGAGGAAGUUGGUAGGUACGUUUUCGGCGACUGAUCUGAGAGGUUGUCGAUUGGACGCACUGCAAGCGUGGCUGCCGUUGACCGCUCUUGAGUUCACAGAGAAAGUCCCGACGGUUCCCCUGUUCGCAGCCACGACCCCCGAAACUCAAGCCAGAGAGCUGGUUACGUGCCGGGCUGACGAGCCAUUGUCCGAGGCCAUCGAGAAAGUGGUGACCAGACACGUCCACAGGGUGUGGGUGGUGGGCGAACAGGGCUCUCUUCAAGGGCUCGUUUCACUUACGGACAUAAUACGGUCUAUACGAGAGGCUUUAGUGUAAGAUUAAGUACAACUAGUUGAUGUUGUCGACGAAAAAGACUUGUUUGUGUUUACUCUGCUUCUGACUUCCGAUGUGGACAUCUUGCCUUUGUAUGAAUAAAUUGGCUUUGUUAAGGCUGAUGAA